AUGAAGCUGAGCGCAGGACCGCGCCUUUCCGCGCCGUGGCUGCAGGUACUGUCGCCCUUUUUGCUCUGUCUGUUCCGCGGGGCUCUCGCGGACCAAAUUCGUUAUUCAGUCCCCGAGGAGCUGGCUAAGAAUUCGGUGGUAGGAAACCUCGCCAAGGAUCUGGGACUCAGCGCCCGGGACUUGCCAGCCCGGAAGCUGCGGGUGAGCUCGGAGAAAGACUAUUUCACUGUGAGCCCGGAGAGCGGGGACUUAUUGGUGGGAGACAGGAUAGACCGAGAGCAGAUCUGCGGGAAGCAGCCUCUGUGCGUCCUAGAUUUCGAUGCUGUUGCUGAAAACCCGCUAAAUAUUUUCCACAUAGCGGUGACAGUGCUGGAUAUAAAUGACAACACCCCGCUCUUCAAGCAGACUCAUGUGGAUUUAAAAAUUGGAGAAUCCACCAAACCAGGUGCCGCAUUUCCGCUCGACCCAGCCCUGGAUUCAGAUGCGAGUCCAAACUCGCUGCAAAGCUACCACCUGAAUGACAACGAGUACUUUGAUCUCGCGGACAAACAGACUCUGGAUGGGCAGAAAUACCUGGAAUUGAUUCUAAAACGUCCUCUGGAUCGAGAAGAACAGAGUUUCCAUCGUCUGGUCCUCACGGCGGUAGAUGGCGGGGACCCGCCCCAGAGCGGCACCACCCAGAUCCAAAUCCAGGUCACUGAUGCCAAUGACAACGCCCCAGUGUUCGGCCAGGACGUGUACACCGUCACACUGUGGGAGGACGUGCCCACCGGCUUCUCCGUGCUCCGAGUGGUGGCCACCGACCAGGACGAGGGCAGCAACGCCCACAUCUCUUACUCCUUCCAUAAUGCGGACGAGCGAGUGGAGCGCUUCUUUAGUUUGGACCAAAUCACGGGGGAAAUCAAAACAAAGGGCGACCUGGAUUACGAAAUUGCACAGAGCUACACCCUGAAUAUAGAGGCGAAAGACCCUGGAGAUUUGGCCGCCCACUGCAGGGUACAAGUUGAAAUUCAAGAUGUGAACGACUGUGCACCUGAAGUCAUUGUGACUUCUGUGUUCACUCCCCUGCCCGAGGAUUCGCCUCCAGGGACGGUGAUCGCCUUGAUCAAAACGAGAGACAGAGAUUCUGGAGACAAUGGAAAAGUCCACUGCCGCGUUCUAGAGACACCCGAGUUCGUACUGAAAUCUUCCUCCAAGAACUACUACAAGCUCAUUACAGACAAGGUCCUGGACCGCGAGCAGACCCCGGAGUACAAUGUCACCAUCACGGCCACAGACAGAGGCAAGCCACCACUCUCCUCCAGUGUCAGCGUCACAGUGCACAUCGCUGACGUCAACGACAACGCGCCUGUCUUCCAGCAGCCCUCCUACGUGGUCCACGUGGCAGAGAACAAUCCCCCAGGAGCCUCCAUCGCGCAGGUCAGCGCCUCCGACCCCGAUCUGGGCUCCAAUGGUCAGGUCACCUACUCCAUCGUGGCCAGCGACCUGGAGGCACAAACGCUGGCGUCCUACGUGUCAGUGAGCGCACACAGCGGCGUGCUGUUCGCGCAGCGCGCCCUGGACCACGAGCAGCUGCGCGCCUUCCACCUCACGCUGCAGGCCCGCGACCAGGGCUCGCCCGCACUCAGCGCCAACGUGAGCGUGCGCGUGCUGGUGGGCGACCGCAACGACAACGCGCCGCGCGUGCUGUACCCGGCGCUGGCGCCCGACGGCUCGGCGCUCUUCGACACGGUGCCGCGCGCCGCCGAGCCCGGCUACCUGGUCACCAAGGUGGUGGCGGUGGACGCCGACUCUGGCCACAACGCCUGGCUCUCGUACCACGUGCUGCAGGCCAGCGAGCCCGGGCUCUUCAGCCUGGGGCUGCGCACGGGCGAGGUGCGCACAGCGCGCGCCCUGGGCGACAGGGACGCGGCCCGCCAGCGCCUGCUGGUGGCUGUGCGCGAUGGCGGCCAGCCGCCGCUGUCUGCCACCGCCACGCUGCACCUGGUCUUCGCGGACAGCCUGCAGGAGGUGCCGCCGGACCUGAGUGAGCACGCGGCGCCCUCGGACCCUCAGGCCGAGCUGCAGUUUUACCUGGUGCUGGCCUUGGCCGCCAUCUCCGUGCUCUUCCUGCUCACGGUGAUCCUGGCCAUCGCGCUGCGCCUGCGCCGCUCCUCCAGCUCCGCAAUGGGAGGCUGCUUCCAGCCUGGGCUUAGCUCCACCUUGGGACCCGGAGUUCUUCCCAGCUACACUGAGGGCACUCUGCCCUAUGCCUACAAUCUAUGCGUUGCCUCACAGUCGGCCAAAACAGAAUUUAAUUUUCUCACGGUCGCCCCAGAAACGGCUCCCCCUCAGGAUCUUCUUUGUGGCGAUGCUGGUUGGGUACCAAAUGCGAAUCAGGAAGAUGCUGGAGUUGCAUCUGCGUCAGACACCAUAUUAAAUGUGAGUUUGGGUUUAGUUCUUUUCACCCCAAAUUUUACUGUUUGUUAG